AUGAAAAUUUACAAUGUGUUGAUUGCUCUGUGUAUUUGCACUUUUUUCUCAUUUGUUUCGUCUGAUAGCCCAGAAGCACUGAAAGAUCUUGUGACAGAUUUGCCUGGUCAAUCGCAUGUGAGCUUCAAGCAUUACGCUGGUUAUGUCCCGGUCAAUAAAACAAAUGGGAGGGCUAUGUUUUAUUGGUUUUUCGAAGCUACGAGUCUCCCAAAUCAGAAGCCUUUAGUACUAUGGCUUAAUGGAGGCCCUGGAUGUUCUUCUGUGGGAUAUGGAGCAACUCAAGAGAUUGGUCCAUUUCUUGUGGAUAACAAAGGAACCAGUCUUACCUUUAACCCUUACGCAUGGAAUCAUGAGGCCAACAUGCUGUUUCUCGAAUCUCCCGUUGGUGUUGGGUUUUCAUAUUCAAACACAACGAGUGAUUAUAAGAAAAUCGGCGACGAUUUUACAGCAAGAGACGCAUACGCUUUUAUCCAAAAGUGGUUAGAGAGAUUCCCAGCUUACAGAGAAAACGAUUUCUAUAUGGCAGGAGAGAGCUAUGCAGGAAAGUACAUACCAGAGCUUGCAGAGUUCAUUUAUGAUAAGAACAAUGAUAACUCCUCACUUCACAUCAAGCUUAAAGGCAUUUUGGUGCCUAGGAUGAUGGGUGGAUACGACCCGUGUUUGGAUGAUUACACAAGAGUCUUCUACAAUAGAGCAGAUGUCCAGAAAGCUCUUCAUGCAAGUGAUGGUAUUCAUCUCAAGAACUGGACCAUUUGCAAUGGCGAUACGGACGGAAGAGUUCCCGUACUAGCAACAAGGUACUGCAUAAAUAAAUUGGAAUUACCCAUCAAGACGUCUUGGAGAGCAUGGUACCACGAGAAACAGGUUAGUGGAUGGCUUCAAGAAUAUGAAGGUUUAACGUUCACAACAUUCAAAGGAGCAGGACAUGAUGUGCCUUCGUUUAAACCAAGCGAGUCCCUUGCGUUUUUCUCUGCCUUUCUCAAAGGAGUUCCUCCUCCUUUGUCGCUAUAG